GAUAGAGAAGGUCUCAGGCUGGGGGGUCCUGACAACUUUCCAGAUCUCUCCCUCCUGAGCCACGAUGGGGGCGGGUCGGAUCCUGGGGGCCGGGAGCUGCUGGGCUGGGGCUCUGCUCGUGACACUGAUGGUGCUGAGAACCCACCUGGCUCGUUGCACGGAGCCCCCAGGGCGGUACGUGUACCAGCAGAACUCGGAGUGUCUGUUCACCAACGGCACCGAGCGGGUCCGGUUCCUGGACCGGUACCUCUACAACGGGCGGCAGGACGUCCACUUCGACAGCGAGCUGGGGGUGUUCGUGGCGGACACGGAGCUGGGCCGGCCCGACGCCGAGCUCUGGAACAGCCAGCCCGAGACCCUGGCGUACGAGCGGGGGUCGGUGGACCGGUUCUGCCGGCACAACUACGAGGUGGACGCGCCUUUCACCGUGGCCCGGAGAGUUCAGCCCAAGGUGAAAGUUUCCCCCACGACAUCGGGGUCUGGGUCCCACUCCCACCUUCUGGUUUGCUCCGUGACGGGGUUUUACCCCGGGGGGAUCGAGAUCAAGUGGCUGAAGAACGAGCAGGAGCAGACGGCCGGGGUGGUGUCCACGGAGCUGCUCCAGAACGGAGACUGGACCUUCCAGAUCCUGGUGAUGCUGGAGAUGAGCCCCCGGCGCGGGGACGUCUACACCUGCCAGGUGGAGCACAUCAGCCUGCAGGACCCCCUCAGCAUGCACUGGGAGGGACAGUCUGAUGCUGCCAGGAGCAAGAUGCUGACGGGCGUCGGGGGCUUCGUGCUGGGGCUGAUCUUCCUGGUGCCGGGACUCCUCAUCUACCUGAAGAAUAAGAAAGGGCGCCCCGUUCCCCAACCUCCAGGGCUCCUGAGUUAGAUCCUGGGCGUCGGACCCCCCGGCCGGCAGGAGUUUCCGUCCGUCUCUCCCAGCCCCUCGCCCAGCCCGGAGAAUGCAGAACCUGGGGCCGGUCCCUUCCCGUCCCCAUCUGCUCCCUGCGCUCUGCCCGGCUCCAGCCCGCGCUGCCCCCGCCUGGGGACCCGUCCCUGCCCCUCAGUCCCCACAGGGCCCUGGGGAGUGUCCUGGAGUCCCCGGGCGAUGCUCUGGGACUGCUACCUACGAAGCCAGACAGGACUCUGGGGAAGACUCCUCUCGGGGAGCAGACUGUCUGCAGGGCAAGAAGCUCACACAGCUUCCACCUUCCUGGGUCUGACCUCGGAGCAUUCAGCCUUCUUUGCCCCUCCGUGCGCUUCCCACAGCGAGUCUGCCCAAGCGGGCUCCUGGGGAAGCCAGAGGGUCCUGCACCCCAACUCCGCAGUCAGAUGGGACUCUCAGCCAGCCAGGAAAACAGAAGGUUUAUUAGAUGACAGGAACAUGGUCUAAACCAGAGCUUGCAGGUGCAGAGAACAGGACCCCUCAGACUCAGCCGGGUCCAUUUUGGGGGGCAGUGAGCCAGACAACCAUGUCUGCACUUCACUCCUUGUCCCCAGCCAGCCCCAAACUGAAACUCCGUCCCGCCCCUCCUCCUCUGGGCUUUGUCCCUUUCCCGGGCCAGGAGGGUACCUGAUUCCUUUGUUCUCCGACCCUUUAGCUCUCACCUUGCAGGGGGGAAGGGCCCAGGCCAUCAGUUUCCAGGAGACAGGGUGUCAGACAUUUAUGUACCCUGGCCCUUUGCUCUGCAACAAUUACACCGCCUUAUCUCAUCCCCUAGAGACUUAAGAAAUGCAUAGGGGAAACUGAGGCACCCCUACAGUAUUCAGAAGAAACAUUAAGAACAGUCCCACUUUGUCAUAGGGCGACCCUGUCACGCUGUCUGCAGUGGCUCACAAGUGUGGGUACCAAUCUCAGGGCACAGUUAGUACCCGGGGCACCAACCCCAAAUUGGCUGAGUUCUGUACUGAGAUUUCACCAAAGUAUCGGGUGUGAACUCCGCAGGCCCGGUAACGAUGUCACUGUGGAGCCACAGACAGUCCCCUUGGGCUCUCCCAUCUGUCUGGCCACCCCGGCCAGCCUGCCUUUGUGAUCGAUCAGUCACCCCUUCCCCCACAAAUCACAGUGAUAUUCGGGUCUCUCCCUGUCCCAAAGGACCAGUCGCUUUCCCCAGGUCAGUAGCACCUUCGGUCCCACUCCACAGACAACGCUUGUAGCCAAUCCUGCAAUAACCUCAGUAAAGACUUGUUAACGGAGA